AUAAAACCAUUUCCGCCUUCUCAUUACCUCUCAAACCAGAGAGAGAAAGAGAGAAAGAGAGAGAGCUCUCAGGCUGAUCGUUUUUUCUAAUUCCGAUCAGAUCGAAGAGUUAUAUAUCUGUUCGGUUGCUCUGUUUCAAAAUUGUCAUCUUCGACAAGUUUUGUUGACAGAUCUAUCGAUUUCUCUAAGAGGCUGGUUUAGGCUAAACCGAUCAGAGUUUUAUCGAGUUUCUGAUUCAUAAUUCAACGACUUUCGAACUCGGUCCCUCUGCCACAAGCAUCUCUUGAAGUCACAGAUCUGAGCUGGUAGCUACAGAUUCUCGUCGAAUUACGUAAUAUUCACGCCAAUUCAGUGAAGAAAUACAGAAACGUGACAAUUCCCGCGCACAUAAUAAUAGCAUAAUUCAAAAAAGACAAAACUACAAAGAACCGUUGAAGCUGUUGUUGUUGUUUGUUCAUGGAGCUUCCUCAAUCUCGUCCCUUCAAAGCCCAAGGGAGAGAACCAACGCACGAUUUUUUAUCGCUCUGCAGUCAUUCAACUCUCCAGACAGAACCCAAGCCAACACCUUCUUCUCAAGCAGGUAGCCACUUGAAAACCCAUGAUUUUCUACAACCAUUAGAAGAGACUAGUAGAAUUGACACAACCAAGAUAGCGACCGAGAAACCACCACCUCUCCCACCGCUGCAACACGUGCUUCCCGGUGGAAUAGGAACGUACACUAUUAGUUCAAUACCUUAUUUCAGUAAUCACCAAAGAGUUCCUAAACCGGAGCUUUCACCACCGAUGAUGUUCACUGCUAGUGGUGGUGGUGGUGUUGAGAGAAACGCUGUGGACGCUGCUGCUGUUGCAAGCGGGUUUACUCUGUGGGAUGAAUCUGGUUCUGGGAAUAAGGGACAGACAAGGAAGGAUAAUAAUAGUGCUGGUGGGGAGAGAGCUGGUGUUGCAACAACUAUGGGACAAUGGCCAGUGGUGGAGCAAAGGUCACAGUCUUUGACUAAUAAUAAUAACCCCUUGAGCGGUUUCAGUUCUCGUUCUUCCUCUCAAGGGUCUGGACUUAAGAGCCAGAGCUUCAUGGACAUGAUCAGAUCAGCCAAAGGAACUUCACCGGAUGAUGAUUUGGACGAUGAUGAAGAUUUCAUCAUGAAGAAAGAAAGCUCCUCCACUAGCCAGAACCACAUAGUAGAUUUGAGAGUAAAAGCAAGUAACGACCCAAAGCUGAACACGCCUAGGUCAAAACAUUCUGCUACAGAACAACGGAGGAGGAGCAAGAUCAAUGAUAGAUUUCAAAUGUUGAGACAAUUAAUACCUAACAGCGACCAAAAGCGGGAUAAGGCCUCCUUCUUGCUAGAGGUUAUCGAGUAUAUUCAGUUCUUACAGGAGAAAACAAGCAAGUACGAGACUCCUUACCAAGGAUGGAAUCAAGAACCUGCCAAGCUAUUGAAUUGGCAGAGAAACAACAACCAGCAGCUUGUCCCUGAAGGAACCGUUGCUUUUGCUCCAAAACUUGAACAAGAGAAGAAUAACAUUCCUGUCCUUGCAACAGCUGAAACACUGAACCGAGAAAGGUUUCCUUUGUCGGUUCAAAGCAGCAGUCUAUUCUCUCCUGUUAUUGCGGGUAACCCCGUAACUGAGUUGCAAGCAAGAGUCGCAUCAUCAUCAGAGACCGCAGAACCAAACCCGAGUUCUCGGAGUCAUACUCAGCCAUUGAAAGAAGAGGGUGAUGAUGAGGAAGGUCGUGAGGGUAACAACAUCAGUGUAUCAAGUGUUUACUCACAAGGAUUAGUGAAAAGAUUAAGAGAAGCAUUGGAGAAAUCAGGAGUGGACUUAACAAAAACAAGCAUCUCAGUCGAAAUCGAACUUGCUAAACAAUUAUCUUCCUUCAAGAAUCAUGAAGACUGUGACCCGGUUUCUAGAACCGGAAUUGAUAAGCAAACUCGGAAACCUAAACGGCUCAAGACGUACAGCACAAGUUAAAAGUUAAAAAAACAGCGGAGUCGGGUAAAACACCAAAGUUAUAUCAUAGUCAUAGAUAUAUAAAUUCUUUUUUUUUUCUCUUUUGUACAUUGGAAACUAUAGUAUUGUGGGUCCAUAAUCUUUUGAGACCAAAGAGACUAGUGAGACCCGGGUUAUGCUAAACCGCAUUUUUAGACUGUAAUCUCAAACUUCUUUGGGAUUUCCUUUUGAGGAAUAUCAUUAAGAGGAGGAAGGCUUUCAUGUUUUACGUAUAAGCUUCCUGUAUUCAGUGAUGUCACUGUUCACUACUUUGUAUCAUCAUCAUCUCACUGUUUACAUUUUUUCUAUUCUUCUUUGGAUUCCUAUUUUAAUUUCUUA